UGUCUCUGUAACACCCUGUAGCUCCUAAACCCCUUCCUGUCUCUGUAACACCCAGCCUCCCCUUCACCUCUCCAGUCCGUACCCCACACCCUCCUCUACACUCCCCCUGUCUCUGUCACCCACUUGGCCCCUACCCCUCUCGGUCUGAGGGAAACACUUUCUCUUUCUCUUUCUCUUUCUGUCACAGGAAGCUUCACUCUCCUCCCCCCUCCCCCCGGUAAGAAAUGGCAUUUGAGGGGUUGGGAGUGGUUUGUAAAUGAUUAACCCUGUUCCGGGGGUUGGGAAUGGGAGCGUCUUCUGACUGGAAAUCACCUGUGGAUUGCUGCAGGGAUGUCUGCCGAAGUGGACAGCCGUGCCUCGGAGUCCCCUCGUCAGGGCAAUGAGGUGUCGUCGUCACCGAGAGCCUCUGGGCCGCAGGAUCAGGAUGACCGCUACAACAUGUCUGGUGUAAGGAAGGCCUUCAUCAUCUGCGUCACUGAGGGGAGACCAGGGGCCAAAACAGAUCUGAUUAAUCUUCAGAAAUCUUUGCAAAGCUUGGGUUUCGAAGUGUCUGAGUGUAUCAACCCGACUAGUGAGGAAAUCUUCUCCUCCCUGGAGGAGUACCGAGACAGCAUUAAGGAUGAAGUCUGCUGCUCCUUCGUGUUCAUUCUGGCGCACGGGUCCGAGGGCAAGGUUAUGGGUCGUGACCGUGAAGAGGCUGACCUUGAGGAGAUCUUCGACAUGUUCAACAACGAGGAGUGUCUUCAUCUGCAGCAGAAACCCAAGGUGUUCGUCAUCCAAGCCUGCCGAGGAGAUAAUAAAGACCGUGGUGCUGUUUCAGCCGGCUUCCGUGCUUUGUCUGAGAAACUCCCGAUGGUUUCGGACACCUUUGUCGUGUAUCCCUCACGACCAGGUUACGUGGCCUAUCGGCACACAGACCAGGGAUCAUACAUGAUCACAUUCAUGACGGAGGUCUUCAAAAGCCACGGGAACCAGGAGCAUCUGUAUGACCUGUUCGUCAGGGGCCUUGAAUUCCUGCUGGCCUGUUCUCCGGCUGAACCAACACGAUCGGGUCUUUCAGGUGAACCGACGGAUGGUGACUGAACGAUAUAAAACAUACAAGACCACUGUGGUGAUGGAAUCGACCCUGACCAAGGCCGUCUACCUCAAACCCACCUGAUGCUGAAGAUUGAGGCACUCUGCCCAACCCCCUACCCUCUUCCUCCUCCCCUCCCUCUCUCCCCACCCCUUCUACCCUCUCCUCUCCCCUUCUGCCCUCUUCAUUCAUCCACUCUCCACCCCCUCCCACGCUCUCCCCCUUUGCCCCCUCUCCUCUCCCCUGCCCCUCCCCCUCCCUUCCACAGAACACACUUCCUCAGACUCACUUCUGCUCACUCCAGUUUCGUUGUGAGAGCUCGGGCCCCUGCGGAGUUUAUCGAUUUGGGUGGACGUCCUGCAGCCCUUCAGCAUCGAAUAAUAAUGGUGAUGAGCAAUAAAUCAGAAUACUUUACUCUGGUGCAGAACUUUCUGACCAUUUAUUCACUUCUGGGGUCUCGACUUUGCAAAAGUGUCCCCACCCAGCUGCCUCUUUCAUUGGUGGGGUGACCCCCUCGCCCUGGAAGCACUGUGGGGAAGGGGCUCCCAUUGUGCUGUUGCAGAGGGAGUUUGAGGAGUCAGACCCAUCGAUGAUUCUAUAUUUCCAGAAAGGAUGGUGGACCUCUUUUUGCUGGA